UGUGGUUAAAUCGAAUUAAAACCGCUGCCAGUUUCGUGCUCGUCCGGAAAUAAGCCAAGGGUAUCAGUAGAAACUGCUCCGGCGCGAAGGUGGGUCGAUAACGGAUCAAUAAGCAUUUUACCAACAUAAUGUACACGGCAGCGAAUACCUUCCCAAGAUGUCAGGUACAGAGAAGCAGAUUAGACAGACGGGAGAGGUCGGAGUGUUAGACCCAAGUAGAGCGGACAAGUCGUGCCUCGUUGAGGGCUGGGGAUAUCACAGGUCGAAGCUUUUCCUGCAUUUUAACGGCUUCUUCAAGAGCGAGAAACUACAGAGAGAACUUAUCGCGGACGUGUUCUCCAAAGAUAAGGGGCUGUUCAUGAGGAUGCCAGCCAUCAAGAAGGAGAGAGCCGAGGGGGAGAUGGUCAUUCGGGGUCUGCUGGACGGUCUGCCCGAGUACUUGGCCCCUCUGAACGCGGCCACCCUCCCGGUAGUGACCCCGCACCAGCCGCCUUUUGAACACAUCUUCGCCCAGCACCAGCGCACCUUCCUGGGGCUCCAUGAGACGCGCCACCCGGAGGACCUGAUGCUGGAGCGCUUCUCGUCCAUCCCCGAUUUCCAGCCCAUCUUUGACAACGGGGAACCCUGCAUUGAGGUGGAGUGCGGCGAAAACAAAGCCUUGCUCUACAUCCACAAGCUGUGCCAAGGCAGCAAGGGACCCUCCAUUCGCUACAGGGGAGAGUGGCUGACUCCUAAUGAAUUCCAGUUCGUCAGCGGCAGGGAGACAGCCAAGGACUGGAAACGGAGCAUAAGGCACAAAGGGAAAAGUUUGAAGACGCUUAUGUCAAAAGGAGUCUUGCAGGUACAUCCUCCAAUCUGUGACUGCCCUGGGUGUCGAAUUUCAUCUCCAGUGAACCGGGGACGCUUGGCUGAAAAGAGAACAAUUCCUUUGCCACCAACAAGAGUACCUAAGAAAGAACUGACCUCGGCUUUUACAAAUAGUGAAGAUAGUGAAGAGAGCGAGAAAGCAAAUGGUGACCGCCCUCCUGAGGUAAAGCAGGAAGAGGAGAUUCAGGCUAGCACAAUGAAAAGAAGAUUGGACGCUUAUGGCCAGCAGACAGAGCAGAUUUUCAACCCAUCCGUCUGUACUGCAUUUGAAUUGCACCCAGAUCCCAGAGGUGAAAGUCGUGAGAGUGAUCUAUCAACCAUCAUCUCCAACUUGCACCAGAGCAGGCAGCUCGUUAUGCCAGAGAGUCAAAGUCGGAAUGAGAUAAAGAAAAACGGCAUCGACUUACUCCCAGGACAGGCUGAUGAAAUUUUAGGAAAGCGGAGAGUAUGUUCACCAAGCAACAAUAGUGAUUGUCCGGAAAUCAAGAGGCAAAGAAGUGAGUCACCAAAGGAAAAGUGUCACACUCCCAUAAUCGAGGAUCAGAUUAUUCAAAUGACACCUGAAGAACACUACAGGCGAAUGAUGUCCGCGUUGAAUGAGCACGGGACAUAUGAGGAGCAACAGCAACGUCUGUACCAACUUGCCAACAGUAUGGGAGUCCCGACCCAUGGUGACCUCCUGAGGGCUCGGCAGGAGGCAGUCGCUGCUGUUCGGAACUCCAGUGCCAUGGAGGCUCACAUUCCAUCUUCAAGCAGUUCAUCGAGUCAAAGGAGAAAGCAGGGACUUCCCCAGCACAGAGACGCACACUUCAACGAGAGGGAAAUGACGCAUGCAAAUCCUUUGCUUUCACCUCAGAAUGCACCGCACAUUGCUUUAGGUCCCCACCUUAGGCCUCCAUUCCUAGGAGUGCAUUCAACCCUGUGUCAGACCCCAGGUUAUGGUUUUUUGCAGCCUGCUCAGGCUGAAAUAUUUGCACGUCAACAAGAGAUGCUACGGAAGCAGAACCUGGCGAGAAAUGUCCCCGUGAUCAGAUUGGCUGCUGCGAAGGAACAACAUGGGCUUGAAAUGUCCGCUGAGCUUCUGCGUCAAAAAGAGUUUGAAAAUAUGCACAGGCAGCGAAUCCUCGGAGCCGACCCCUUGUCCCUGCAUUCCGCUUUGCCGCCGGAUCACCCGGCGCUGCGCAGUAUCCACGACGUUCCCGAGGGUCACCCGCUGCGGGAGGAGCUCUCCCGCCGGAACGCCAUGCUGGUCCUGCGGCACAACACGGCGCCGCUGCUGUCCCUGAACCACGUCGCGCCUGGCAGCGCCCCGCCAAAGGAGCCGGGGCGGAAGGGAGCCAGGAAGAUGGCCCACCACAGGACAGAAAUGCAGUGCGCCAGCGAGGUCAAGGACCACCCCGAGACCCGGGUGCGAGACGGGGGCGCCGAGUGCAACGACGAGGAGAUGAAGGACUCGGAGAGCGACCCCGAAGGGAGCGACGACAAGCCCGAGAACCUGAAGACUGAGGUGGUCAGUUCAGUCCACGAACUCAAGGAGUGCAAGGAGUCAAUAAAAUCUUGUGAAAGCAUUAAGGAAAUACACGAGGUUGCCGUCGCUCAGAAUCCCCCUUGCGUUUCCACGGGCUCUGACUCUCCAAGCCAUCUACUGGGCUCUGGAAUCAAUGAAAGCAAAGCAAAGUACCUGCCUUCUGCCCCAGCUCCGCUCCCUCAGCCACUCCCAUUUGGAUUUCCGUAUACGGCGAAUCCUUACUUUCACACAGGCAGCAUUGGAAGCCUCUUCCUGGAUGGAGAGGAUGGUGCUACAGUGGAGGACAUUAGCAAAUGGACUGUUGACGAUGUCUGUAACUUCAUUAAUGGUCUCUCCGGCUGUGCGGAGUACACCCAGGUGUUUCGAGAGCAGGCUAUUGAUGGUGAGACAUUACCCUUGUUAACGGAGGAGCACUUACUGAACACCAUGGGUCUGAAGCUGGGACCAGCACUAAAAAUACGAGCACAGGUUGCCAAAAGAAUUGGCCGGGUGUUGUAUAUGGCCAGUUUCCCACUGGCGCUGCCACUCCCACCUGCCGCACUAAGGCCACCUGAGAGGGACCUUCCUCCAAUUGAGAACCGCCCCUCCUCCACCGGCAGUGUUGCCUCGCCGUAUGGCAGCAUCCAAGUCAGCCGCAUCUCACCGAAGCAAGAAAACGGCAACGCCUCGACAAUGGGAAUCGGUGACCUUGCCAAACCACAGUCUUGAACCGAGACAUUUGCUCAGAGAGAGAGAGAGAGAGAGAGAGAGUGGAGUUGCUGUUAUUUGAAACCAAAGUAUUUAUAGGAGCGCCGACUUCAUUGGUUGACUGCAUUUCCCUAAAAAAAAUCAAGAGACACACACUCCGGCUUUCAAAAUACAUUUUAACAAAAGACUCAUUCCUUUGCUUUUUCUUCAAGACUUGUGUUUAUCCUAGAAAGCGAUUGAAAAGCAGCAGAAAACAGAACCUAAAAGUCGUUGGAAGGAAAACACAAAGAGACAGGAUGUUGGUUGAAUGGUGAAGUUGGCGAGGUUGGCACAACUUGCCAACACAAAAAAAAACCGGGCUCAGUUUCUGCUUCAAGCCGAAGGAAAUUGAGCCAAACCCUUUUUUUGCUGCAAGUAAGUGAGGUAAAGGAGGAGAGAGAGAGAGAGAAAAAAAACAGAACCCUGCACAUGUACCAAAAAGGUUUCUAUCACAGACCUGGGAUUAAACAUUUAAUGUAAAAAAAAACGAUUUCAUAAGCACUCGUUUUGACAAGGAACUCAUAUGUUAUGCUAGUGUCUAUGCAUUGUCCAGUGCUAAACCAAAGAUGAUGGGUUGUUGGUCUGUGUUUACAGUACAUUUCUGAAUGGUACAAUUUUUUUUUUGCCUAUAGGACACAGUCUAAAAGUGCCUCACUGUAGAGGUUUAAUCACUACUCUCGCGCGCACACACACAAGCGUGACAGGACCACGACGGCACAGGUAUUGGAGUUUAGAAGGUGGUUUUAAAAGGACCAGUUCGAGGAAAUAGCUACUCAAUACCUGGACAGCAAAUUGUACAAGCAAAGCUAGUUAUGAAAACAUUUUGGUACUUAUUUUGUUUUUUUUUGUUGUUGUGUAGUUGCACGUUUUUUGAAUUAUUUGGGGUGGGUGGGAAGAGGGAAAAGAAAUGUAAACUGCUAGGGGAAGUUCCUCAUCCUUUUUCAUGCUAUCCAAACCUUAAUUGCUGCUUUUAAGCAAUCAACAUAAUGAAUAUUUACGUUAUUUAUGGAAAUUCUGUUGGUAGGUUGAAUAUGUUUAGCACUAUAUAUAUGGUAAUAUUCAGCCCUGAAAGGGUGGUAUAAGAAUAAUUAAAAAAAAAAUUUAAAAAAGUUGUUGUUCCUUUAGCUGGUUUUGACCACACUGUGUCAAACUAUCAUUUAAUGUUUUGCAGCUGUAAACAAUGAGGAGAUGGUGAUUUGUAAGAUAAUUUUAGCCUAUUUGUUAAUUUGCUUUCCUUCUUGUCUUUCACUUUUAGUGAAAUAAAAGCCCCCCAAAAAAAAACAGUA